UUUAGUUGUAUUUCAUUUUAUUCUCCAUUUUGCGUACCUAUGUGCGUGGAUAGAACAAGAUCAAGAUAAGCCCUCGUUUUGGAAGAUAAUUAGUUACAAUGGUAUAGUAGAUAUUAGAUUUAUCGAUACGCAUUCCAACACACAUCAUCAUUUUUAAUACCACGUCCCAACUUGAUUCGAGUUACUCGAACGAUAACGAUUUGACCGGAUCCGAGACGGAAAGUUUUUCCUCGUUUUCAAGUCAAAUUACCCUCCACUUGAAUUCCAAUUUCCGGUCGCUCGUCAAAUUCAAGUAACACCGACCGAUCCGAACAAAGAGACGCUUUCAACGCCUCGAUCAAACUUAAUCUCGCCACGUAUGUAUGCACGUGCGCUCUUCUCGAGCAAUCGGGAAAGUAACAAGUGCAUUCUCUCUCUCUCUCUCUCUGACGAAAAAGGAGAGGUUAGUUGUUCGAGGUGCGUUGAAAAGAAUGGAAGUUGGCCAAGGAACGAACGGUUGAGCAGAUAUUCCGCUUCGUGUAUAAACUGCCGAUGGCAAGGCCACGACUAACGGCCGCCAGUCUGGCGUCGAUAUUCCCGCUUUUGCACACACGAUCCAACGAUCCGCCUCCGGUUCGCGUGGCUUCCUCUUUCGCCCGCCUCCCCUCCUUUGUCCUCCCGUCGCCGCUGAUCCAAACAGCGUGGAAUCAUGGUAAUUCAACUUUACGACGCUCGCGACACCUUCGAGAUCGCGAGAAUCAUUUAGGAAGAAGGGGGGAGGGGAAAAAGAAAAGCGACGUGGCCUCAGGCGCUUGAAAAAUUCGCGACUCGCACACGACUCGAUCCGCUGGUUUAAUUAAUUCCACGCGUAUUUGACCGCUUUGAUACGAAAAGAUCGCAAAGUGGAUUUUAAUAGAUGUUUUUUCGCGAUGACGUGUUGAGAUAAAAGGAAGAAUUGCUCUUUUAUUCUUUUUAAAGGAGAAACUUACUUCGAACAAGAUUUUUCGUCUCUUCUUCUUCUUCUUCUUCUUCUUCUUUAAUAUGUACGUUAUAAUAAAAAGAGAAAGAAAUGUUGAGGUUUACGUCCUCCGCGAAAUCGGGAGGUUAAUGAAAAAUCUACACAAGUUAAAAUUUGAAAGAGAGUAACGAAAAAUGAGAAGAAUAUGUAAGGAUCCAACAUGUCCGGCAAACCAUCCUUGUAUAAAGAGAUAUAAUGCGAGUACUUCAACAACUACGUUAAUUAAUAAGAAAAAGAAGAAAGAAAUAAAAAAGCAGAAGAAGAAAUUGAAAAAAAAAUUGAAUAAUUUAAACAAAAAAUGUCAAACUACGAAAUCCAUAGAAAGUACUACGUCAUUGUCGAUAUGUCGAACAAAAACCUGCAACGCGAUCCCAAAACCGACCCCAAAAAUAAUAUGUCAAUGUCCCAAAAGAAUAAUUUGCAAAGAAAGUAAGGCAAAAAAAAUAAUUGAUAAAGUAACUCCAAAUUCACGAAAAUGCAUAAAGAUUAUAGAACAAUCAAUUUCUUGUAAAUGCAUUAAAAAAUCCAGUUCAGAAGACUUAAAAAAAUUGUGCAAAUGUUCGUCAACGUGCACAUUUCUUUCAAAAUAUAAUGACUGUUGCUGUAUAAGGGAAAAAAUAAAAAAGAAAAAAAAAGAUUCGAUAGAUUAUUGCUAUUCUAAUAAUAAAGAAAAGCCGUUUAAAGGAACAUUAUGCCCAAAAUACCGUGAACAAAGUCCAAAGAAAAAUAUAUUUGUCAAAGGAUUCUCCAGGUUACGUAAUAAAAUACGAAAAUUUAGAACUCGUAAAAAAAAUAAAAAUGAAUAUAUUGAACACCGAUGUUGCGGAAAUUCUUUUCGAAAUCAAAAUCGAAUUAUGGAGAAAAGGAAAGUGAAAUUUUGCUAAAUAAAGGUAACGAUGAAAACGGUACUUCUGAUAAAUAUUUCGUCUAUAUUUGCUUACAAAAUCAAUAUAGCUACUCAAAGGCUCGAUGUAUAAACGAAUAGGGUUUUUUUAUUGUU